AUGUCCAAACCCACUGCAUCCUGUUGCGAGCAGAACGUGCCCAACGUGCUGACGUUUGCACGCCUGGUGGCGGUACCCGUGCUCGUUGCCGUGUGGUUCGCGCCGCUGGCGACGGCUGCGCUGUGGUGCGCCAUCCUGUUUGUGGCGGCGUCAUUCACCGACUGGCUGGAUGGCUACAUCGCCAGGAAGUUUGAGAUUGUUACAACGUUUGGCGCCUUCCUGGACCCCGUGGCCGACAAGAUCAUGGUGACAUCAGCGCUGAUCCUGCUGUCCCUCAGCCCGCCGUCCCCGAUCAAGCCCGAGCAGAUGGCGGCACCCGUGAUGCUCAUCAUUUGCCGCGAAAUCACGAUGUCGGCGCUGCGAGAAUGGGCGGCCGCCGCGGGCGGCGGCGCGCACAAGGCGGUCAAGGUCAACGCCCUUGGCAAGUGGAAGACGGCGCUGCAGAUGACAGCGAUGAGCCUGCUGCUCUUUGGCCGCGACGACACCGUCGUCCCCUCAAUCUGGGCGGCUGCGCACGUGACGCAGACAGGUGUUGUCUGCGCCUCGUUCGUCCUGCUUUGGGGCGCCGCGGGGCUGGCCCUGUGGAGCCUCUCUGCCUACUUUGUGAACGUGUGGAGCCACUUCGUGAUGCCGCAGCCCGCAGCAAAGAAGGUGGCAUGA